AUGUCUGCUCCAGUUGCUGCUGCUCCCAAGGUUUCCAAGCCCAAGGCUGCCAAGAAGCCUGCUUCUCAUCCCACUUAUUCGGCUAUGAUCCGUAAAGCUGUCUCUGAACUGAAGGAAAAGUCCGGAUCGUCUAAAGCUGCUAUCCUCAAGUUUAUACUGUCUCACUACAAACUUGGAGAAAAUGUGGUUAAGAUCAACUCUCAACUANNCCAGCUAUAUGGGCGGCCAUCAGGAGUGUAA